AUGGAAUUAAUUGAUGCCGUAGAGCCUAAAGUCACCAGUGCCAUGAACCAAAUGCUUCUUCGGGACUUCCAGGAUGGUGAAGUGAAGAAAGCCUUGAAGCAGAUGUAUCCACUGAAAGCACUUGGCCCAGAUGUUCCUAAAAUUAAAGAGCUAAAAAGAGUUACUGAUUAUCGCCCUAUUAGCUUGUGUAAUGUUGUUUAUAAGCUAGCCUUAAAGGCGAUUGCAAAUAGAUUAAAGAAGAUUUUGCCAGCUAUCAUCAGUGACACUCAAAGUGCCUUUGUGCAUGGAAGAUUAAUUAUUGACAAUGUUUUGGUGGCUUUUGAAACUAUGCAUCAUAUCAAUAUGAAAAAGGGAGGCAAAAAGGGGGAGAUGGCACUUGAAGUGGAUAUGAGUAAAGCCUAUGAUAGGGUGGAGUGGGGCUGCCUUGAUAAAAUUAUGGAUAAAUUGGGGUUUAAAAAUGACAGCCUUAUUUUUUGUAGGGCAUCCUUGGCAGAAUGUGACUCCCUACAGAGUAUCCUUCAGGUUUAUGAGUGUGCUUCUGGCCAACAAUUAAAUAGAGCGAAGACCUCCCUUUUCUUUAGCUCUAAUACUGAUCAUUCAGUUCAAGAGGAAAUUAAAAGUAGAUUUGGUGCUCAAGUCAUUAGACAACAUGAGAAAUAUCUUGGUCUUCCCUCACUGGUUGAAAGAAAGAAGCGCAACACUUUUAAUGACGUAAAGGAAAAGCUUGCUAAGAAGUUAGCUGGUUGGAAGAAAAAAUUGCUUUCUAAAGCAAGUAAGGAAAUCUUGAUGAAGGCAGUAGCACAGGCAAUUCCAACUUAUACAAUGAGUUGUUUCAAACUUCCUGAUACUUUCUGUGAAGAAUUGAUGAGUAUGAUUCGUAAUUUUUGGUGGGGUCAAAAACAGGAUGAAAGAAAACUAAAUUGGAUGAGUUGGGAUAAUCUUUGCAAGCCUAAAGUAGAUGGGGGUAUGGGUUUUAAACAGCUGAAACCUUUCAAUUUGGCUUUACUCGCUAAACAAGGUUGGAGAUUGCAAAUGGGACAAAAUUCUCUUGUUUAUCAUGUCUUCAAAGCAAAAUAUUUUCCUACAUGUGAUUUUGUUGAUGCGUCACUUGGUAAUAAUCCAUCAUAUGUAUGGCAUAGUAUUAUGGCUUCCCAAAAGAUUGUGCAACAUGGACUGAGAUGGCAGAUUGGUAAUGGCUUCAAUGUAUAG